GUUUUUUUUUCUUGAAAUUUUUGGAUGUUUUUAAUUUGUGAUAAAAGUUUGUAAAUUCUAAUGUGUUGUCUCGCUUUAAAUGCGUUGUUGGACCAUAUAAAGGGGUAAAUUUUAAAUAUAAAUAGUCGCACAAAUAAUACAUACAAGUGUCAAAUAGAUACCUAUCAUCAGCUGUACGGAAUAACGAGUUCACCUUCGGCGCACGCUCAACCCCACUUUGCCUUCGAGAGAGGGGAUAACAGCUGAGCGCUGAUACAAACUCAAAUUCAAAACAUCAACUUGUCAGUUUACUUCGUACUGCUAAAGGAGGAACGUGGAAUAAUAUGCUAAGCUAGCCGGGUGCAAGGCACUUGAGGACUUAGACAGAUUUUUUCUCCUGAUAAAACACUAGUGACUUGAACUGUUCGUGGGUGUUUGUGCGAUUUCAUUUCAAUAAUUUAUUUUUUUUUUGGAUAUGUUGCCGCAAAACAUGGAUUCUACACGGUCCGAAACACCAUCGCUACUUGGUCAACAAAUGUUUGGUUCGCAAUUGGUUGACAAAAAUUCAGCUACACCCUACUCUGAUGCAACUCAGACUAAGAAAAACAAUCCGAACCACAUCAAGAGGCCAAUGAACGCGUUCAUGGUGUGGUCGCAGAUAGAACGUAGAAAAAUAUGCGAAGUCAGUCCAGACAUGCACAAUGCAGAGAUCUCAAAGAAAUUGGGUCGACGAUGGAAGCAGCUCAACGACGAAGAACGCCAGCCAUUCAUAGAAGAAGCAGAAAGAUUGCGUCAAUUACAUCAAAAAGAAUAUCCGGAUUACAAAUACCGUCCCAGAAAGAAAAGUACCAAACCGGCCCCUAAGACAAACUCCAAAAAGAGCAAGAAAUCCCCCAAGGUGCACAAAAACGACACCAACAAUAAUACAGCCAUAGCAAACGAUAAAAUUUUCGCCAGGCGUAGUGCAGUACCAGAAUCGGUCGCAUCGAAGCUGAAAUUCAGGUUGACGGGUGUCGCUGAACAGAGGCAGAUCAAUAGGCUAGUCGAAACGCAACAGGAUACGUUGAGACAGAGCAUGCCAUUACCUCCGAUGAGCUUCCUAGCUAAAGUACCCUCAAGUCCUUCAUGUGACACUCCCGACUCCCCGGAAAGUGCCACCAUCUACGACGAUACCUGGGUAAAUCACUUCCCAACGGUAAAAGAGGAACCUGAGGAUAGGCUACCGCAUUCCCAGAUAAGCACGGCCACCUUAGACGAUUUAGAUAGGAUUGACGAUUUGCUUCCGAUGGACGGGAUCGACCUGGAGGAAUUAGCGGAUAUCGAAACGAAUUUCGACACGGAUUCAAAUAGUUCCGGUUCGCAUCUAGAUUUCUCCUGCCCAAAAGACAUCCCCAUGUUCUCGAAUAUCGAGAACACAUGGUGCGAAAUUCAGAACGAUGAAUUUUUGUUGUAAGAGACUUUAAGACUGUUUAUGAGAUUUUACUGUGUGGGAG